AUGUCGAUUUUGGCUUUAGACAAAUGGGCCCGUUUGAUGAGGAUGAUUUCGCAGGCAGGAGGGAUAAGGGGCGCCUUGUGGAAAUUGUGGCGUCAUGACACUUUGAAGGAAGGCAGGCUAGUGGGCUGGGAUUCAUUCAACAACAAAUAUUACGAAAACAAUAUGUAUUUCCUUGGAAGAAACCGCUGGGUGGAGUACGCUGAAGAGGUCAAGUGGGAUUACGAAGGAUCUCAGAUACCAGCGGAGUGGUUCGGUUGGAUCCACCACAGGACCGACCGACUGCCCUGCGAUGACAUCAAGAAGAGGCAGUGCUACCCCUGGCUCGCUCCACACACGGACAACCUGUCGGGGACUCCUUGCGCAUACUACCCUUACAGCACCGUGCCAGCCCGCUUAGGCGUAUGGGACGGUAAUUUUACUUAA